AUGAACCCCAAUACAUUGGCUGUACGCUUGGACUGCAUUUCUGCAGAUAUCGUGUCGAUGUUUCAUUGGACUGACUUGGCUGAACUGGUUUGCAUCCAAGACCAACGUUUCGCUGGGCGAAUAUUAAAGAUGGAGGUUUGUGAACCCCACCAAUUUGUAGUCGAAGGGUGUCUAAUGGUUGUUUUGGCAAGAGGUCAAGUUAUGGCAGACUAUAAAAGUGUCAUUCGUUCUCCUCAAUUCAGUUUCCUUGUCGGCAAACAACGUUCCUGCCUGACAGUCCAUGCUGGUGUCCUACAAAACGUAUCGGAGCCUCUCUGGGCAUUGACAGAUAAUGGUCAGAUGAAAGAGUCAACCUCGCGGAUAGCCGUCCUUGGGGACACAGACGAGGAUGUGUUCAUUGGGUUUUGCGAGCAUGUGUACACCGGCGCAUACAUCACCCCAGAUCUUGAGGGCACUGCCGUUGCAGACCAGAGCUUCGCCAUUCCAGUGCAUGUGUCAUCUAAUCAAGAAGAUCCGUCCAUUGAUGGUGGCGCCGUUUCGGCUACCGCGGCUGAUCCGAUUGAUGAUUUUUGGGGGAGGCCCAUUUCUUCCAAAAAGAAGAAGAAGCCUAGUAAGUGCUGGCUCGAAGAGCGUGAACUCAAACCUGACGCUUUUGAUAAAGCCGAUAAUAUCUUCUCCUACGAGGGACGCUGGAAAAAAUUCCGGGCUCUACAAUAUAGAGGUCUUGCUUCAUCUAUUGCAGUCAAGCCUGACCUUCUAUUCCAUGCAAAGUUGUACGUUUUUGCAACUAGAUAUAUCAUUGAGCCUUUACAGACACAGGCUGUCAAAUCUCUGCAUCGAGACCUCUGCAAUUUCUCGCUCAGCAAAGAAACCGCUUCGCAAAUUCUCGGUCUCCUGGAAUUCACAUAUCAAAACACUGCAAGAUAUGAGCCAAGUGGAAGGUCUCUUCUGCGUGAUGUGGUUAUUCAAUAUGUUGCCUGUGAAGUACAGAUGUUGGCAGGCAACGAAGACCUUUAUUCACUUCUGGAUGUGGAUGGUGAGAUGGGAUCUGAUCUUGUGGCUAAGCUGAUAAAAUAAAUCUUAUCCGGGCGAAUAAAAGACGUCGAAUUGAUUUAAUGGACA